AUGUCAAUCUCAAAUUCCAAUGACAAACCUAGUGAAGUGAACUUCACGAGCGUAGCAAUUGAUUUGGAGGCACGGGUUUCGGCUAAGCUCAAGGCAAAGAUCUGGGCCGAUGAAUUCAUUGAUUUUGGGGCGCUACUAUCCGACGAUGAUAAAUUUAUUCUCUCUUUUAACAAUGACGGAAAAUCGCCAAGUCUUCGCCUCGAGCCAUCCAAACCAAAGCCUAAGUUUUUAUCCUUGGGGCAAUGGCAGACGACUUUUAAUACCUUUGUGGCUGUUUAUACAGUGAAAUACCCGCUAAAGGUUGCGGCUUUGCUUAAAUAUUGUGAAGUUGUCAGAGAUAUUGCUAAUAAGUCGGGAAACUGCCGUUAUUACGACCAGCAAUUCCGCUAUUUGCGUCAAACAAAUCCAGAGAAAUUUCCCUGGGACAGGGUAAUGUGGGAACUUUGGAAUCAGGCCAUUCACGUGACAUCAAAAUCUCCACCGGAGAAUACACGGAAUAAAAAACCCCAAACCCGGCCAUUUCUGUCCUUUCCAAAAGGUGUGUGCUGGAAAUUUCACUCCGGCGAAUUCUGUGCCGGCUGUCGAUUCAAGCACACUUGUUUUAAGUGCGGUGCCACGCAUCCCGCCACUCAAUGUGAUGCCAAGCCCAGUGUCCAGCAUGCAUCCUCAAGUGGAGAGGACAAAAAAGGAUCCGCCCCACUUAAAUUGCGGUUCAACUCCAGUAAGGCCGCACAGGCUGGAACCGCUCCUUAG